CACACAUGACAUUCUCUGCUUCUGUAGAUUGUCAAUUUGUGCAUUAAAAUUUCGCUCAAAAGUUUUGUGGUUCUUUUGCACAGUAGAGUGCAUUAUCUUUAGAAAAGCGACGUGGAAAUUGUGAGUGAAAAGUGUGCUCAAGUGGCAAAAAAAGUUGACAUUUUCUUACAGACGCAAAUUAUUUCAACAAAAAAAAAAGACUUGGAUAAUUUUAAGUGUUUCAAAAAAGCAACCCAAUUAGCGAAGUAAAAAAGAAAUAAAUCUCUGUCCUUGCGAAAUAAGCUUACAAAGAGCCUAUGAAAUCUCUAACUAAUUUUCUAUGCAAUUUCGUGCGUAAAAAAUUUGUGUUUUAAGUAGAAUGUUGAGAAAUUAUUGAAAAAAAGGACAAAAGUCAAACUAGCAGUGUUCGACAGUAAAGUCAACACGUGAAUUAUUUGCGCAAGUAAAAAAAUAUAUAAAUACAAAUAAAAUUCAAUAAACAGUGCGCAACAAAACCACCCGAAAAUAAACAAGAAUCAUAGCCAAUUACACAAAUCAACCUCCUGUGCAACGAAAUAUAAUAAUUUCAGUUGCUGCAAGAUAAAAUCAUGCCACCACUCACAUACAAGGAACGCGUAUUAAGUCCACAGCAGCUGAAAAAGCUGUCGGAACAUAAGUACUCCUGCACAAGUAAUAGCAUAUUGGAUCCAUGGCUACAGCCAUGGUGGAAUUGGCUCGUCUCAAUGACGCCACUAUGGUUGGCGCCCAAUCUUAUAACAAUCAUUGGACUGAUUGUCAAUAUAGUGACAACAUUAAUAUUAGUAUCCUACAGUCCCGAUGGCAAAUCAUCACCACCCGGCUGGGCCAGCCUCCUCUGCGCCUUCGGUCUGUUCGUUUAUCAGAGUUUAGAUUCGAUCGAUGGUAAACAGGCGCGUCGCACAAAUACCUCAUCACCUUUGGGUGAACUCUUCGAUCAUGGUUGCGAUUCCAUAUCGACCGUUUUCGUAGCGCUCUCGGCGUGUAUAUCCUGCCAACUGGGACAAUAUCCAAAUUGGUUGUUCUUUCAGUGUUUCUGUGCCAUUGGGUUAUUUUACUGCGCCCACUGGCAGACGUACGUUUCGGGCACUUUGCGUUUUGGCAAAAUCGAUGUGACGGAAGCACAAUUCACCAUUAUGGCUAUACAUGUUAUUUCGGCCGUAUUCGGUUCGGAAGUGUGGCAAACGCGGAUGUUUGGUAAUUUUGAAUUGUGGUCCACCUUAUCGCUAAUGACCUUAGUUUGUGGUAUUUGGUCAUUAUGGUUUAUAUUCUCUGUUGUUUUGGCUGGCGGUGUUGGCAAGAAUGGCUCCACAGUUGCAAUUCCACUGAUUGGCGGUCGUUGGAAUUAUAUCAUUUUAAUCGGCAUUACUUUGGGUUAUCUCGCGAAUAUGAUCAACUUUUCGAAAAUAUUUAUCGAAGGCGGCAGUGGCAAGAAUGGUUCCUCCGUUGCUGGUACCAGCGUACUUUCGCCUAGCAUACCGUUAUCUUUGGUUAUACUACCCGCCUUGAUAAUUGCUCAAAAAUCACCACAAAAUAUUUUCACCGAACAUGCAUCGCUCUAUAUAUUGGCCUUUGGUAUGGUAGCGGCCAAGGUCACCAAUAAAUUGGUGAUUGCCCAUAUGACCAAGGCGGAAAUGGAGUAUCUGGAUUGGUCACAAUUGGGUCCAGCAUUGCUGUUCUUCAAUCAAUAUUUCAAUUGUGUGGUGCCAGAGGUUUGGCUGUUAUGGUUCUCACUCAUUUGGGGCACACAAGAUCUCAUACGUUACUGCUCAAAGGUCUGUUUAGAGAUAUGCAGUCAUCUGCAUAUAAAUCUCUUCACCAUCCCACACGCCGGCAAGAAUGCGCCGCAAACUGUUAGUCAAGGCACAAAUGCGCCAACAACCAGUAUGAGUAUGAGCGUUGCAGCGACAGCUGGUGGUGUAGCUGCUGGCAGUGGCGCGACAGCGGCGCAAGACAAGAAUGGCGGUACACAUCAUCGAAAGGCGGCGGCGCGGCAGGCUAGCAAAAAGCAGCAUUAGAAUUUAAUAUGCAUAUUGUGUAAUUAUUAGAAAAAGGAAGCAACUACAAAAACAACAACAACAAUAACCGCAACAAAAGAAACAUUCAACAAUGUAAGAUUUUAAGAAAUUGUUCCGUGUCAAUACAGAAAAAGCAAAAAAUACAAAUAAAAAAUUGGAAACUGAAUAAUGCAUGUGGCAAGUCGUGAAGCAAAUAAAACAAGAAAAAAAAGGCAAUUAAACUGUUGACUAGCGUAAUUUGAGGACAAAAAAAAAACGCAAAGAAACUAAAAUUAAAAUUAAAAUUUUCUAAAAUCUAAGUAAAGCUAUAAGAAAUUUUUAUGAAAUUAUUCAUUUGCUGACUUUUCUUUUUAUUACUAUUAAUUUUUUUGAUUAUUUAAUUUGUUUUUUCUUUCUUUACUUCUAAACUUAAUUUAAAUCUUAAUUCUUAAGUGGUUGUUAACUAAUGGAAGCGCUAUUUAACUAUAUAUGUACGUGCUGCUAUACUAUAUAUGUAUGUAUUAAAAAAAAAAUCAGCAGCUCUCAGCUGCAGUUGCAUAUAAUUUACAUACUAUAUACAUAUAUAAAGAGUUGAAACUUUGCUAGAAAAGCAGAAGCAGAAACAGAAGCAAAGCAUAUAUUAGUAAUAUGUAGAUAAAUUUGUAUGUAUUUUACGAUAUUUUUCAUAUAAAUCUGCUAUGUGUGCAUGUAGCAAAAAGAUUAUUGUGCGUUCAAGCAAAAAAAAAAACAAAAAAAAAUCCGUAAAAAUUAAGAAAAUUAGCAAAAGAAAAAAUUCAUGCCUCCAUGGUGAAAUAUUUCAUUUCGAUAAUUAAAACCCAUUAUUGCAAAUAUUUUAUAAUUAUAUGCUAUAAUCUUACCUAUGUACUAGCGCAUCUUACGCUAAAUACGCUUUUUAGCGACAAAAACUGCGAAUAAAAGAGCUUCAAUUUUGUCAAUUUGAAAUUUAAAAGUUGUUGGAAGUAGCAGCUUAUAUCACGGCUUCGAUGACCUGUGCUAGUAACGACAUACAUUUGUGCUGCAAAAACUAUAUUUUCUAUCUACACUCGUAAUUCAAUGCUAAUACAUAUGCAAAAAUGAAA